AUGGUGUAUGGACAAGAGCUAAAAGUUAACAUGGGGGCCAGCGAAGGCCCGCUGGCAGGAAGGUUGAAAAUUAGGCGAAAGGGAAAGAAAUUCGCACAGUUGAGACCUUCCUCAUGUUGCUCACGCGAACCAUCGACGAUACGCAUACCGGCGCUUUCCCUUUCCAUUUCUUUCUUCUUAACUUUCGUUGAAAGGAACAGCGCAGAAAGCGGCGGAGGGCUAUAUCCACCUGGUCUCUUGCCACUCAUAGAUAGAGCCAAUACAUUGCUCUCAACGGGACAAUCCAAUGAAGCUGCAAACGUUCACUCAGAGGCGAUCGGUCCUUCACUACAAACAGGCUACUGCAUACCUGUCUCUUUCGAGGCAUUAGCAUUGGAUGAUCUUGACAUAGUGCUUAAAAAAACGUCAAAACACCUUAGAGCUAUCCCACCACCGCUGGUGUUUCCAAUCAAUCCCCUUCCUUUCGAAGGGAAUCCGGAAUCCGGAAUUCUUAGGCACCAGUGCAACAUAAUAUGUACUUCAGCUCGGUUUCCACCAGGCCUAAUUCCGUGUCGGAUGGUGUGA